CGGAAGUACCGAGCAAGAUGGCGGGUGUCGAGUCCCCUCAGAAAGUACCCGCGGCGUCUCAUCCUUGUGAGGGCGGGGGAGGAAGCCGCUGCUCCGAAAUCUCCACCGAGCUCAUUCGCUCCCUGACAGAGCUGCAGGAGCUGGAGGCUGUGUACGAACGGCUCUGCGGCGAGGAGAAAGUGGUAGAGAGAGAGCUGGACGCUCUUUUGGAACAGCAAAGCACUAUCGAGAGUAAGAUGGUCACUCUCCACCGAAUGGGUCCCAACUUGCAGUUGAUUGAGGGAGACGCAAAGCAGCUGGCAGGAAUGAUCACCUUUACCUGCAACCUUGCCGAGAAUGUGUCCAGCAAAGUCCGUCAGCUUGACCUAGCCAAGAACCGCCUCUAUCAGGCCAUCCAGAGAGCCGAUGAUAUCUUGGACCUCAAGUUUUGCAUGGAUGGAGUUCAGACUGCUUUGAAGAAUGAAGAUUAUGAACAGGCCGCAGCCCACAUUCAUCGCUACCUAUGCCUGGACAAGUCAGUCAUUGAGCUGAGCCGACAGGGCAAAGAAGGAAGCAUGAUUGAUGCUAACCUGAAGUUACUACAGGAAGCUGAGCAGCGUCUUAAAGCCAUUGUAGCCGAGAAGUUUGCCAUCGCCACCAAGGAAGGGGAUCUGCCCCAGGUGGAGCGCUUCUUCAAGAUCUUCCCACUGCUGGGUCUGCAUGAAGAAGGAUUAAGCAAGUUCUCAGAAUACCUUUGCAAGCAGGUGGCCAGUAAAGCUGAAGAGAACCUUCUGUUGGUGCUAGGGAUGGACACGAGUGACCGAAGAGCCGCAGUCGUCUUUGCAGACACACUCACUCUCUUGUUUGAAGGGAUUGCCCGUAUUGUGGAGACCCACCAACCCAUCGUGGAGACCUACUAUGGGCCCGGCAGACUUUUUACCCUGAUCAAGUAUCUUCAAGUGGAAUGUGACAGACAAGUAGAGAAGGUGGUAGACAAGUUCAUCAAGCAGAGGGACUACCACCAGCAGUUCCGCCAGGUCCAGAACAACCUGAUGCGAAAUUCUUCAACAGAAAAAAUUGAACCAAGGGAACUGGACCCCAUCCUGACUGAGGUCACCCUGAUGAAUGCCCGCAGUGAGCUAUAUUUACGCUUUCUCAGGAAGAGGAUCAGCUCAGAUUUUGAGGUGGGGGACUCCAUGGCCUCAGAAGAAGUAAAGCAAGAGCACCAGAAGUGUCUGGACAAACUCCUCAAUAACUGCUUACUGAGCUGUACCAUGCAGGAGCUCAUUGGCUUGUAUAUUACCAUGGAGGAGUACUUCAUGAGGGAGACUGUCAAUAAGGCUGUGGCACUGGACACCUAUGAGAAGGGUCAGUUAACUUCCAGCAUGGUGGAUGAUGUAUUCUACAUUGUUAAGAAAUGCAUUGGGCGAGCUCUGUCCAGUUCCAGCAUCGACUGCCUAUGUGCCAUGAUAAACCUCGCCACCACAGAGCUGGAGUCUGACUUCAGGGAUGUUCUGAGUAACAAGCUGCGCAUGGGCUUCCCAGCCACCACCUUACAGGACAUCCAGCGUGGGGUAACAAGUGCCGUAAACAUCAUGCACAGCAGCCUUCAGCAGGGCAAGUUUGACACAAAAGGCAUUGAGAGCACUGACGAAGCCAAGCUGUCAUUCUUGGUGACUCUGAACAACGUGGAAGUCUGCAGUGAAAACAUCUCUACUCUGAAGAAGACACUUGAGAGUGACUGCACCAAGCUGUUCAGCCAAGGUAUUGGAGGGGAGCAGGCCCAGGCCAAAUUUGACAGCUGCCUUUCUGACUUGGCUGCCGUGUCCAACAAAUUCCGAGACCUCCUGCAGGAAGGACUGGCAGAGCUCAACAGCACAGCUGUCAAGCCACAGGUGCAGCCUUGGAUCAACACCUUUCUGUCUGUCUCCCACAACAUUGAGGAGGAAGAGUUCAAUGACUACGAAGCCAAUGACCCUUGGGUACAACAGUUCAUCCUUAACCUGGAACAGCAAAUGGCAGAGUUCAAGGCCAGCCUCUCCCCAGUCAUCUAUGACAGUCUGACUGGCCUCAUGACUAGCCUUGUUGCUGUUGAGUUGGAGAAAGUGGUGCUGAAAUCUACCUUCAACCGGCUGGGAGGUCUACAGUUUGACAAGGAGCUGAGGUCACUCAUCGCCUACCUUACCACAGUGACCACCUGGACCAUCCGAGACAAGUUUGCCCGGCUCUCCCAGAUGGCCACAGUCCUCAACCUGGAGCGAGUGACAGAGAUCCUAGACUACUGGGGUGCCAACUCUGGCCCGCUGACUUGGCGCCUCACCCCUGCUGAAGUGCGCCAGGUGCUGGCUCUGCGCAUAGACUUCCGCAGUGAGGACAUCAAGAGGCUGCGCCUAUAGCUGCAGGGUGGGCCUACACAGCCCAUCACACUGCAGGGCCUCUUCCCCAAGUAGCCGCUGUGGUCAGGCAGCUGGGCAUGACUGUUUGGGUUCGGGGAUCUCUAGCCACAGGGAAAUAAGGCCUGGAUUCUGGCCACACACUGCCAUCAGAUGUGGCUGGGCAGUGUUCUGGGGGAAGCAUGGGCCAUCUCUGAGUGGCCACUCUCUCACCCCAAAAACAUUUUCCUGUCAGCCUUAGAGGGGGACCUGGAAUUAGGUUGGACUUCAACAAGAGGCUAUGUUUACAAACCCUGAAUAAAGACACUCCUAAAGA